AUGGCCAAGAAUACCAGUACUUCCGAUUAUGUCAUGGCGGAUGUGAAAACCCAGAAUCAACUGUGGUACCUCAGUCUCAAAGGAAAUCUGCACAAGACCGUCCUCCCGGGUGACCAAAAGGAUAUUCAGAUUCUUGAUGUCGGCACUGGCACCGGCGUCUGGGCAGUUGCCAUGGCCAAGAAGUGGCCUGACGCGAAGGUCGUUGCAACUGACCUGACGCUCCCGCCUCAAACCGACGACGCGCCGCCAAACCUCAGCUUCAUCCGACACAACGCCAAUGACCCCGAGUGGCCAUUUGAGAAGUUCCAUUUCAUCCACGGGCGCAUGCUUGACGCCGGGAUCCGUGACUGGCCAGCAUUUCGAGCGACAUGCUUUCGUCACCUACUCCCAGGUGGCCAUCUCGAACUGGCCCACGUCACGCACCCCAUGCAUUCCGAGCUUCCGGAGUUUGACAGUCCAGGUGCUUCUCCGUUCCUGCGUCUGAUGCAUCAGGUCACCCUUGCCUCAAAGAAAGGUGGCAUUGAUUAUGAUGUGUCAAGCAAACACCUGCGAGGGCUUGCAGACGUUGGCUUCGAGGACAUUGAGGAGACCGCCAUCGUGUGGCCGAUUGGGACCUGGCCGCAGCAAGAAAACGAACGGGAGAUCGGUAUGCUUGGCUUGAAGAACACGUUGGGUAUUGUCGACUUGGCGGCAAAGUCUAUCCUGACACACCAGAAUUUCAUGGGCAAAGAGGAAGCAGACGACCUGGUGCAAGCCGGUCGGGAUGACCUGCUGCAGACCGACAAGAAACACUUCUAUCUCACCAUGAAACUCUUCACCGCCAAGAAGCCUUGCACGCCUGCAUGA